AUGCCGGUCAAUGCAAGGCGCAAGUCAUCGCGAUCGCAAGGCCACAAACGCACCGUGUCGACCAGCUCCGCUACCGUGACCGCAUCAGCAAGUAACAAGGGCAAGAACUCGUCUCGCCGGCACAACAAGGACCAGUCAGAUGACGAUGACGAAGCAAGCCUGUUUAUGGGCUCAAAGGCGAACGGUGGUGCUGGUGUAACAGACGAUGAGAGUGACUUUGAGGAGAAUCAGCGUAAUGCGGCGUACUGGAAGUACAGAUCCAUAGAAGAUAUUCAUACAAAGGGUACCGACGAAGAACAAGAGGACGCGGAGUCUGUUGAGGAGCAGGAAGCCGAGGGGGAGGCAGAACCGGUGUCAAAGCGUCGACGCGUGAACGCAAAGCACCUUCCCCACAUUAUCAACAGUACUCCGAAGGCGGUUGCUAAGGACCUUCCACCGCGGAAAAAGGUCAACAAGACAACUCACUCACGGCGCCACUCGACACAAUCAUCCCGGAAUUCGACUCCGCCGUCUGAGCGUACCCCGCAGAAGUCCACCAAGGGAUCAAGACAAUACUCACCGUACGACCCUAUCCGCGCCAUUGGAUGUCUACAGGGGAAGCAGUCCCCGCCGUCAAAGUCGAUAUCGAAGCUUGCCGGCACACACUUCAGGGUCACCCCCGCGACAACGCAGCCGUUUCCGAACGGAAUUGACUCGAUUUCACUUGCGAAGGCCAGCUUUCUCGAGGCGUGCAAGGAGCUCGGUGUAGAGAGUCGUCGAAUGCGCUUUGAAGAGGUCGAGUUAUACUCCAAAACAAUGAUAAGCAUUGUCAAACGCGGCAGCUCGCAACUUCGCGGCGAGCUGAAGUCUAAGGCACAACUCCUAGUCGAGACGAACUACGGCUUCCUCAAUAUACCCGCCGAGAAUAUCAAGGACGGCAUACGAGACUUGCUCGAUCACGGCUCCUUCCUCUUCGAGGACCCGUUCGAGCGAAAAGGGGCCUUCCGCAAUCCGAUUAUACUGACGCUGCUGGUACAGCAAUGGUUUCAAGGCCGGAAGGCCGAAGCGGCGGGCAUAUUCUCCGCGAACUUCAAUCCGAUUCCCGACAAACUCAUCGCGUUGAUCGCCACGGCAGUCGAGUGUGCUUUGCUGGACUGGGAGAGCGGAACGAAUUCUCCGCAUGUGAACGACUUCACUGCGGACAAGUAUAGCCCGGUUUACGCUCGGCACAUGGAGAAUCUCCGCACCAUGCAGGAACUGAAACCGCGGAAGUUCAUCCGGCUUCAGAAAUCUCUGUGGGACGGCGCGUGGCAACGCGCGGGACGUGCUCCACCCAAUCCGACCGUCAAAGGGGACCUUUCGAUUCUCGAUUUCAGUGACAGCGAAGACGAACUACCUCAACAGCAAGCUAUCGCGCCUAAGGAUGCUUCGCCAGGGGAUGAGGCUGUCGAGCCCGAGCCUAAGGGUGCCGAGCCUGAGGGUGCCGAGCCUGAGGGUGCCGAGCUGCUCGGGCAUGUUGACGCCGAACAAGGAGCCCCACAGAACACCGAUGCCUAA